UAAGAAAACUUUACAAUCUUCCGCGUUCGUCCCAACAUCUUCUUGAAGAUUGAGUGAACGUCAUUUGUGCCACGCGUCCCGCACAUGCGCACUGAGGUCAACCAUCAUGGCUGCUUCCAUACGAGAAAAACAGACAGCUUCGCUGAAGCGUAUGUUGAAUCUCAACCUUGAGCCUUCUAGAAGUUCUGCAGUUGAACCAGUCUGGAAGGUCCUUGUGUACGACCGUUUUGGCCAAGACAUCAUCUCACCUAUCCUGUCAGUGCCAGAACUGAGGGAUAUGGGAGUCACCCUACAUCUGCUUCUCCAUUCUGACCGUGAUCCCAUCCCAGAUGUCCCAGCUGUGUACUUUGUCAUGCCAUCGGAAGAGAAUGUACAAAGGAUAUGUCAGGUGUUUGAUCAGUACCUCAACUUUAUUACACUGGAGGAUGAUAUGUUCACACUCAGGCACUCCCAGAACAGAGAGGCCAUCUCAUACUAUGCUAUUAACAAAGGGGACGUACAGGACUUGGAAAUGGAAGCUUCCAUGGAUGCUAUUGUUGACAGCCUAUUCUCAGUAUUUGUAACAUUAGGCACAGUGCCCAUCAUCAGAAGUCCCAGGGGAAAUGCUGCAGAGAUGGUAGCAGAGAAACUGGACAAAAAACUGCGGGAGAAUAUCAGGGACUCCAGGAACAGUUUGUUCACUUCAGACAGCCUUCAGGCUGGUCAGUUCAGCUUCCAGAGGCCACUACUGGUCAUCCUGGACAGGAACCUGGACUUAGCCACACCCCUGCACCACACAUGGACAUACCAGGCUCUGGCACAUGAUGUUUUGGACCUACAGUUGAACAGAGUCAUGGUAGAAGAACCUGCAGGGGACAAGUCUCCACCAGGGGCGAGGCCCAAGAAGAAGGCCAAGAGUUAUGACCUCAACUUCACUGACAAAUUCUGGCAAUCACACAAGGGAAGCCCGUUCCCUGAGGUGGCCGAGGCUGUGCAGAGGGAGUUAGAAGAAUACAGGUCACAGGAGGACGAGGUCAAGCGACUGAAAAGUGUCAUGGGUCUUGAGGGAGAAGAUGAAGGAGCUAUCAGCAUGCUGUCGGACAAUACUGCAAAGCUCACAUCUGCUGUCAGCUCCCUACCAGAGCUGUUGGAGAAGAAGAGGUUGAUAGACAUGCACACCAACAUAGCCUCAGCACUGCUGGAUCACAUUAAGGUGCGCAAACUGGACGUGUAUUUUGAGAUGGAGGAAAAAAUGAUGAGUAAGCAGUCACUGGAUAAAUCCCUCAUGGAUAUGUUUUCAGAUCCUGAAGCUGGUAGUCCAGAGGACAAGAUGAGGCUGUUUAUCAUCUAUUUCAUCUGCAGUGCCCAGACCAUGUCCGAUGCUGAUAUUGACCAAUAUGCUGUAGCUCUCCAGGCUGCUAACUGUGACCUGGCACCACUGCACUACAUUAAAAGAUGGAAGGCUUUUACAAAGAUGACAGCAGCACCCAGUCAGUAUGGGGGAGGAGGGACCAAAACAAUAAGCAUGUUCUCCCGACUGAUGAACACGGGGUCAGAAUUCGUGAUGGAGGGCGUCAAAAACCUGGUGGUAAAAAAGCAUAAUCUUCCGGUGACCCGAGUUGCUGAUGCUCUGAUCGACAACAAGUCCUACCAGGACACCGAAGAUUACAGAUACUUCGACCCCAAAAUGCUCAGAGUCACUGACAGCUCAAUACCUCGGAACAGGAAUCCAGUUCAGGAGGGCAAGGCAGGCAGCUCUAUCAAGAGAAUCACGUAUGGUUGUUCAGAGUUGUCCAAUGCCACGUUAUUCCUUAAACAGCUGGCCAAGUUAGGAACUGAGCUACAGUAGCUACAAGGCACAAACCCAGGGCACCAGCGUCCGAUUAGUCCAACAUAUGUCUUCUACAACCGAGUCAAAUAUCAAACAACAGAAGCUACAAAAUAUGGGACUAGUCGUCUAGAUCCUUCACACACCAGGGUUGUAGCCAGAGCCUGUCCUUCCGUCCUUUGACGAAAUUUUGCAGCUGGGGACAGAAAAAAAUUUUGCCCAUUCCGUCCUCUGUGAUGGACGAAAAUCUAUAUUUAAAAUCAGUAAAGAUAUAAAAAAACUGUCUCCCUUGUGUAAUUUGUCACCAAAACAGAUGAACGACUGAGUCUACCAGCAAAAUUUACACCUCAAGAUGCAGGAAAUAGCAUUUUAGAGGGUCUAGAUUUAAAAAUUUUCCAGGGGAGCAUGGCCCUGGACCCCCCUAGAAACUUUGCGUAUUUGGCUUGAUAGCAUUCAAAAUCGAGGGACAGAAAAUGAUUUUAGGCUGGCUACAACCCUGGUCCUUCCUGCUGUAGAGUGUUUAUACUCGGGUGAUUGUGGGGAAGUAUUGUCUAUUAUACUGGAGUGUUGAACCUGGAGGUGACAUUGAAUAGACAUGUUAUUACAGUCAUGUAAUUAUGACACUACAUGUUUAUUGUUCAACACUACAUGUGUAUAAUGUACAAACACCCAAAGCUUUCAUAUUAUCAUAAUAGAACUUAGUACUUUUCAAAAAGAUUUUGUUAGUUCAUUCGAAAUGCUGGCACUGUUUUGCAUAUUCACAUUUGUUCUUGUUGGCCUUGUCUGUUAUGCAAAGACGUGUACUGUAUGUACACAUACAACACAAAUGAUUUGACCAGCUGUCGUUGAAAGCGUUUUAGUAAGGCGUUUAAAGUAUGAGAAGAAAUUAUGUACAGACUGGAAUACAGAAACGUAUCAUAGCUUUUUGGAGACCUAAUCCAUAGACAAAUUGCUUAUGUACUGUGAAAGUUGGUAACCAAUGCCCCCUUCCCCAAAAUAAAAACCAGCCCCGUUCGAAGACUGCAACGGAGUCUACCGCACACAGCUGUUCAAUGUCUUACUAGUGAACAUUUUGAAACAUUUGGCCUGUGCAGGAGACCAGCAGUAAAUUGCACCAACCAAAGCCAAACUUACUCUCAACCGACUCUCAAUCAUGCUUGGGGGAAGGUUGGGAGUGGUCUGGUAUGUGGUGCAAUUGUUUGGCUUGCAAAUCUAGCAUGGCUUCCAAGUCUUGUAUAAGGUAACAUAAUUCUAACACUAUGAUUGGAAUAGAAAGGCUUUUAAACAAGGCUUAUUACUGGGUUCACACUCCAACAGUCCAAGACCACAUUCCAGUUGACAGCUUGCGGGCUAAGGCAGGUCUGGUGAUGAUGACUGAAAUGGCAGAACUGAAUGCUCUUGUCACAGUUUUUAAGUUGGUACGUGGAUGGGCAUUGUCAUACAUGUCUGCGUUUUUUUAGUUGGGAGUCGCCUACAACUCUUCGAAUGUGUACACACUCAGAUAAAGAGACAGGGAAUUGUCAUUGUGUGAAUUGAACUUCAGUGAAUGUAACACUUACUGGUUUAUUCAAUUGAAACUGCUUGCAGCCAAAAGGCUGAAUUGCCAGAUUCACAAGUUACAAAAUACAGAUAAAAUACAUCAUUCAACUAAGUUAUAUACACAUAUCCCCAAUUUGUAAUACAUAAUAAAAUACAAUAUAAUCAAUAUUCAUCAAUGGUAAAUAAAACUUAUUGACUGCUGUUAAAGAGUUUGACAAUAUAAGGUACAUGUAUUAGACUUUUGGCAUAUCGGUUUGUUUGUACUGAUAUGAUGUUGAUUUUGUUUUUUACCUCCAUGAAAAAAUGGAUGUAUA